AUGCUGGUGAAGCACCGCAAUGCGUUGGGCUCGCGGUCUUUGGGGAUUGGGCUGCUUGUGGGAGAAACGAUUAUAUGGCUUUGCUUUGCGUGGAGCUUUUUGCGUGUGAUGCAUGCAUCGCCAGGCUACGUGCGCGAUCUGUUUCCUUCGACAGAGGCGCCGUUGGAGUCCGUUUCAAUGGAGUCGUUUUCCUAUGCGAGUCAGCCGGUAGAGACUCCAUUGCACGAUGUAUUACAGCGUCCCAUUGCGCAUAACGAUGUAAGCAGUGUUCUGAAUAUGCGGUCAUUCACACCGCCGGAAGACAGACCUGAAACCGCGCCUGCCAGUCCGCACAAUACCGAGUGUACUCGACCUAUCUCGUAUGAGCCGAAUGACAGCGCAAAACUUUCCGCCGAGCCAGCUCAACAUGAGAGCCCGAGGCCGGUGGUUCACAUACCCAAAGCGCCGAAACCGGAGCGGAUCCCUUUCGAAGCGCCGAUCUACGCACCAAGCGAGCUUUACUGUACACGUCUUGUGGGGUUUCCUGCUAUCGGUCUACUCUUUGAUCACAAUUUCCACGAACUCCGCUAUGCAACAGAGUCCACCGAAGCACGCAGCCGCGAGGCCGAGCUGAAAUCCAUGCUCGGAAUACACGGCGAAAACUACACGGAAGCGCGCUUUGUAGAGACGCCCCCCGCGAUGGUAAGUGGCGCCCACGCCAAGAGUGGCCGCCUAUAG